GUAUUGUUUCCAGAGCUCAUAAUAUCCGAAGAAUUGCAAGCUUCAGAAGUAGGAAGUGCUUUACUGGUGAUCGACGGCAAAUGCCCGACCCACAGAAAACGAUCCGUACAAUAUCUGGAUUCUAGAGCAUAUAUUUGAUAAAACUAACCUCCCAUUUCCCCACAGGAUCUGAUGGAGCAAGCCAUGACCCUGUUCCGUGCCAACCAAGUGGCCGGCACGGCGACCGCGCUGACCUCUGGCGGCAUGCAGGACAAACUACUGCGCUAUGCUCAGUUGCUGACGUCACAGGGCAGCCUCGAAACGGCGCUCGGAUAUCUGGGAGACUGUACGGAUCCGGCCGCCGUGUCUCUCUGUGAGCGGGUUCAGCACUGUCUGACCCCUGCCCCGGCCGUGGGGGCGGGACAGUAUCAGAGACAGACUGCCUCGGCUGCGAGGUUCCCUGCGGCCCCCGCGGCGGCACCGGCGGCCAACCGGGGCUACCAGAUGCACUCUGGCCAGCCGUCCCCAGGCGUUCCAUCAGCCCGCGACAGUCGAAUGUCCUCCUACUCCCAGCAACCGGCCCAGCCGCACCAUACACAGACUGGAGCGUUCCAGCAGCCUGGGACGUUCCAGCAGCCGGCUGGGGCGUUCCAGCCACCAGUGGCUCCAGUGGCUCCUUUAGUGCCUACCCCAGCUGCUCAGCCGUCAGCGCCUCCGUCUGGUGGCUCCGGCUCCGGCUAUCGUCUGGGAGGUCGGCGUCAGUACGCAGCGGACCCCAGCCUGGCCGGAGCGGCUGGGGGGUACGGGAUGAGUUCACAGGGAUAUGGAAGCAUGGCGCCGGUCAGUUCGGCGCCCUACGGACAGAUGGCAGCACCGACUGCGGCCGCCACCGUAUUUACACCCAGCUUCAGUGAGCCGCAGCCGUACCCCGCUCAGAGUCAGCCGGCCGUUCAGCCCUUCGUACCAACUCUGGCGGCACCGGCAGGCACUGACUACGGCGCCGGUGCUGGAGCCGCGCCUCCCCCCGCCGCGCCGGCGGGGGCUGGUCCGAUCAUCACUGCUGUUAGCAGCGGGCCCGGCUGGAACGACCCGCCGCCGCUGAGGAGGUCGUCGAAAAAGACUACCACGUCUACCACAUCAGUCCUACAGACUGUGACCCAGCCUAUCUACAACCCUGCCGAGAUGGCUGCGGCAGCCGCAGCCCAGCCGCCGCCCGGACAGCACUAUCCGAUGGCGGGCAUGUACCAGCCGGCUCCGUCUGGACAGUACUCCCCGUACCAGCCGAUAGCAGCAGCUCAGCAGCAGCAGCCACCAGCUGCCGCAGCUCCCACCCCGCCGCCGCCAGCACCGCAGGAACCACCGCCGCCUAAAGGUCCGGUACCACCAGAACACGCCCCUCUCCAGGACACCCUGGAGCGUCUCCGAGAAACCUGCGCUGCCGCCGCCACCACGGCCCAGGCCCGGCGCCGCCUGGAAGAGGUCUCUCGCCGGCUAGAGGUCCUCUACGACAUGCUUCGUGCUUCUAGCCUCUCCCCAGGAACUAUUCAAGGGCUCCAUCAGCUGAUUGGCUGGCUGCAGUGUUCUGAUUGGGCGUCAGCGCAGCAGCAGCUGAAUGCGCUGGUGGCAGCUUCCAAUAUGGCGGAGAUCGCUGGCUUUAUGCCGGGGAUAAAGAGUCUACUGCAGAUCGCAGCACAGAUGCAGGUGCGGAUCUAGCCAUAUUACAGCGCUCGAUAUUCAUCGAGUGGCCAAUGAGGUGACAGAAACAUGACGUGGGAGGAGCCGGCUGUCGCGGGGCGUCCUCUGAUUGGUUGGCUGCCGGCGGUGGGGGGAGCCUGUGCCGACCGGCCGCCGGCCGCCGACUUCGGCUUUGAGCCAAUACUGCGGUGUGAGCGGCUAUGGCUUUGGGUCUGCGCUCGCUCCGCCCUGGCGGAAAACCGAUAAACUAAAGCACGCGAUUCUGUACUGCUUCGCCGGAUAUUUCCGCUAGCAAGAAGCACCACAUUCGCUAGUGCUCGUGAAAUGGGGAAUCUACUGAGGAAGUGCCUCCAGAGGAAGUUGUGACGUCACUAUGACGUCAAUCGAGGCUACGGCGCUACCGCAUAAUGCUAGCGACAGCUGGAAGCUGAUUGGUGGAUGUGCGAUGACGUCAUAGAUUCCUGGGAUGAUACCGCUGCGAUCUGGUGGAGGAAUGGUGUUCCAAGAUCAUUGUGAUCGUUAAAAAUGACGGCAAGGUGUGGUAGAAUAUAUGAACGUUUACUAAAAGAUAGUGGUAUAUUUUCUCAAAGUAUUUAUCGUUAGAAACAUCGGGCUCUGUAAUGAUAAAGACCGAUAUCCGCGCGCGGCCAUGCCCAUUAACGAGUUGCUGUUUUGUGACUUGGAGAAAAUGGUCAAACGUUUGGCUGAUGCUGCUACAUUUAUCGUAAAAUAAGUAGUGUGUGGUUGAACGUGGAAAUAUGCUGGAGGGAUGACGUUCGACCGCUGCCACCUUUUGAGUUUUGUGUAGUGUUUGGGGGGUGACAAUAUAUUUAGCUUCCGCGUG